AUGAGUUACUACGAUGGUGAUGGCGAUUAUAUCAUUUACGAGGAUGAUAAUGACGGUAACAGCGAUAGGAGUGAUGAAGGUGAAUCCGGGGAGUAUUCUUAUCCGGAAGAUGAGGAUGAUUUAGGGUUUGUGCACCAUGCUGAUGAGGAUGACGAUGAGGAAGAAGAAGAAGAGGAGAUUGGGGAUGAUGAGGAAGAGGCAGAAGAGGAAGAAUUGGAUGGAGAUGGGGAUAUUCGUGGAGUGAGGAAUGGUAGGCGUGGAGAUCGGAUUUCGUUUCUCCAGGAUAUCGUGUCUCGAUUAGCGGAACAAAGGUCUGGAGAUGAGGCAGAUUCCGAGGAGCGGGCGUUUGGGAGGUCGUUGCCCAGCUUGUUGCAGGAGCUUGGGAGGUCUGAGGGGUUUUUCUCGUCGGGGAUGUCGUCGACAUCGUCGAGUAGAGAGGGCACGCGGUACUAUAAGCUCAUUGAGAACGUUCUUCAGGCGGAAGAUGAUCCGUAUAUUGCUAUGGAAUCGCUCAGAGAGCUAGCGGAACAGUUGCUAAUGAUCAAUCCGUUGAUUGCUGAGCGGGUGAUUCCUUCUGGGAAGUUGAUGGAUGCGUUGAUUCAUGUGAUGUCGAGCCCGCUUUUGCAAGGGGAGUUGGAGUUGCAAUUGAUUGCGUGCCGGUGUCUAUACAACUGCUACGAGAUGAAUCCCGAGAUGAUAGAGGUUUCUGUGGAUAGGGAUAUUAUAGAGGUGUUGAAGGGCAAGCUAGCCGAAAUCAGUUACAUAGACUUGGCGGAACAAGUCUUGGAGACUCUCGAGUUCAUUUCGAGGGUGCACGGCUUGGAGAUAUUGAGGAGUGGGUCGUUGGUGUGCUGUUUGCAGUACUUGGAUUUUUUCACGGUGCAUGCACAGAAAAAAGCCUUGUCCAUUAUAGCCAACUCGUGCGCAAGGGCCAAGGAGAGCGAUUACGAGAUGGUGUCGGAGAUUUUCCCUUCUUUGAAAACUAUCUUCUUGAACAACACGAAUCCCGUGAUCUUGAAACCCGUGCUCAUAACGCUUUACAGUAUAUCCGGGUCAUUGAAUAAGAAAUCGCUCUCGACGCUUUUCGAUAUCGAGUUGGUGAAACGGUUCCUUUCGUUGCUUUGCUCCGAUGGCGAAUUGGAGGGGGAAUCUGCACUAAAAACGUUGACGAUUUUGUCCCUCUUGGUUUCCACCAAUGCCGAGCUAUCGAAACAGAUCUUGUUGGACUGCGAAUUGCUGAAUGUGAUUCAAAGCAUUUUCCAACCUUUCAAGAAAAAGGCGACCUCGGGUUUCGGCGAAACGUUGAUCUACGUGCCUCAGGAGCUUUUGCUUUGCGUUACAACGUUUAUCCUUCUUUUGCUCCCCACCGAGGAUUCCCAAGUGUUGACCGCAGACGAAACCAAGGUUUUCACCUUUGACGAUAAAAAGACGGCUUUUGUGAACCUAAUCACACAGCUAAUACCGUGCCUAGUGGAGAUAUACUCCAAUACUGUAGAUACAAAGAUUAGAUAUACAGUAUUAGCUGCAUUAGCUAGGAUCUUCACUUGCAUCCCCCGUAACUCCGACGUUGAUACAUCGUCAGUGAUAAGCUUGAUUUCAUCGGGCCUGAUAAACGGCAGCCAUGCUAGUGCGCAAGAACUCAAGUCUGAGACCGGCGCUAUUUUGGUAGCAUUGCUUUCGUUGGCAUCCAUCAUGAUGUCUACUAACCCGGAAGUGUACCUAACCAAGCUAGUAAAGGAAGGUAUCCCGGAUGCCCUUGCUGCAUUCAAGUCACAUUAUGAUACUGAAGUGGUAAAGAAACAUUCUGCUGGAGCUUCCGCUGGAGCUUCUGCUGGAGCUUCUGGGGAUGAUAAUGAUGAAGAGCAGGAGGAGGAGGAAGGUACUAACUUGGAUGCUACCCCCAUUUUUGGGUCCGAGUCCGAUGGUGCGGAAGACGAUGAUAAUGACGAAAAGGAUACAUUUAGAAUGGAAUACGACGAGAUGAACAUUCCAGAGUUUGUUAAGCCAAGGAAAAUCCGCAUUAACAUUUACGAUCACUUAACCCCUUACUAUUUGAUGAAACACAUUUCUAUGUUUUCGACCAGUCUCGUUGAGAUUUUCUCGUCAAACGUAGAUGAGAUUGCCACUGAACUAUCUGAUAUCAACGCUAUAGUUGCUAAAAUGAAAGGCUUAAACGUAACAGCAGAUUCAGAACAGUUUUGGACCGAGUUCUGGGCUGAACUAAAAUCAACAUUGUUUAAUGACAAUUAUAGCAUAUCCGGUUUCGAACUAAUAUCUACCGGGUUAGUAGAUGCAAUGGCAAGCAUCUUUGAAAGAGAUGAAACAAAGCAGUCUCUGUCGCGUAAAACCUUUUUAAAAGUGUUUGAGGAUAGACUUGCUGAUUUCGUAAAAUUACUACAGAACGCAUUGUCCAGAACCGAAUCCUUUGCUAUCCUUGAUGCAGGGACUGGUAACAAUGAACCGCCAAGUUCAUCUUUGGUUAAACAAAUGAAAAUCAGAAUUGUCCUUGAUUCUAGUGCUGAUGCAAUAGAUGAGGAGGUAGAGGAAGAGGAAGAGGAGGGUACCAAAACUUUAGGUAACAUGAUUCCAGAGAACCUUAGAGAUGUUGUCAUUGCUGUGCAUUGUGUUGCAUCUUUGAAAACUUUAGACGACUUUUUGAAGCACAAGAUUAUUCAAUCAGAAUUUUUAAGCACAAUUAUACCUACCAUGAGCCGGUUAAGCAGUCAGAUAAACCCAGUAAGUAUGGCCAAGGAGCUUGAAAAAAUCGACUUUGAGUUCUCAUUAAACGGCAAGCCCUUAGAUCAAUCUUCGACCAUAUAUUCUGCUGUGUUCAAAGAGGCCAUGAGGGAAGGGCAGCCUACAUCAAGCAUUUGGACUAAUGUGCCCACUUUCAAAUUCAGAAAAAUCGCAAAGAAGACUGAAACGCACAAAUUGAAAUCGUUAUACCCAGAUAGUGCUUUUGAAAGCGCUGACCUAAAACCAGUGAAGAGUAUUUUGACCGUGUUGAAGUGCUCAUUGCAUAAAUCGGUGCCUGCAUCAGCCUACGUGAACUCCAAGAUCAGCGCAAAGCUUUCAAGACAGUUAGAAGAGCCAUUGAUUGUUGCAUGCGGCGUAUUACCUAACUGGGUUCUUGACAUUACAAGAAACUAUGGGUUUUUGUUCCCCUUUGAUACCAGGAUAACUUUCUUGCAGAACACGUCGUAUGGGUACGGAAGAUUGAUUCAGUACUGGAGAGAAAAACUACUUGAUAGCAACAGCAGCAGCGGUAACAGCAGCAACUCAGCCGACAACCCAUUAAACCAGCUGGGCAGAUUAACCAGACACAAGCUCAGAGUGUCGAGAGAAACUCUUUUCUUGUCUGGUAUCAAGAUCUUGGAGAAGUACGGGUCCUCUCCGAACGUGCUAGAAAUCGAGUAUAAAGACGAGGAAGGUACAGGUUUGGGACCCACGCUUGAGUUUUACUCACUAAUGUCCAAAGAAUUCGCAAGGAAAAGCUUGAACAUGUGGAGAAUAGAUAGUACUGAAGCUUAUGACUUGGAGGAAAAAUACGUUACAAACACGUUAUUCCCGGGACCCUUGGUGGGUGCCGAAGAAGAGGAGAACGGCAAGGUACUCAAACUAUUCGAAAACCUUGGUACGUUUGUAGCCCGCUCGAUGCAGGAUAACCGUAUUCUAGACUUCAGAUUCAACGAGGUGUUUUUCGAGCUCAUGCAUAAGCAAUGCAGGGGUGAGCAACUCGAUUUGCAAGAUUUCGAAACGUGCAUCAACAUGAUCCAGCUUGUUGACCCACAACUAGGCAAAUCGUUGCGCUUCUUGUAUGAAAACAGGAAAGAUCCAUCCAUCGAGAGUCUCGAUCUAUACUUCAUGCUUCCCGGUUACAACGUGGAAUUGCUCGAGGGCGGGUCCAAGAUCCUGGUGAGUUCGGAAAACGUCGAGGAAUACUUGAUCCGCAUCUUCGACCAGAUCUUGGCCAAGGGAAUCCAGCGCCAGCUCAACGCCUUUGUCACGGGCUUCUCGAAGUCGUUCCCAUACUCCUCGCUCCUCAUCCUCACCCCAGAAGAGCUCUCGGGCCUAUUCGGUGCUGUAGAAGAGGACUGGUCUGCAGAAACACUAUUCUCCUGCAUACACGCAGACCACGGCUACUCCAUGGAUUCCCCCACAAUAACAAACCUCAUCCACACUCUUGCAACGUUCUCGCCCCAGGAAAGACGCUUGUUCUUGCAAUUCAUCACAGGCUCGCCCAAACUCCCACUAGGAGGGUUCAAGAACUUGAAACCAAAGUUCACCGUCGUCCUAAAACAUCCAGACGACAACACGUCUCCAGACGAGUGCUUGCCCAGUGUCAUGACGUGUGCCAACUACUUGAAACUCCCAAAGUAUUCGGACAAAACAAUGCUAAGGAACCGUCUAGUGCAGGCAAUGACCGAGGGAUCCGGUGCGUUCUUAUUGUCAUGA